GCCUAGAGCUGCCGCCCCAGGGAGCCCGCCACGGCCGCGCCCCGGGCACGCUCGGCGGCGCCCAACGAUGACCGCUCCCUGGCGGCGCCGCCGGAGUCUGGUUUGGGAAUACUGGGCCGGGCUCCUCGUGUGCGCCUUCUGGAUCCCGGACUCGCGCGGGAUGCCCCACGUCAUCCGGAUCGGAGGAAUCUUCGAGUAUGCGGACGGCCCCAACGCCCAGGUCAUGAAUGCCGAGGAGCAUGCCUUUCGAUUUUCUGCCAACAUCAUCAACAGGAACAGGACUCUGCUGCCCAACACAACCUUGACCUAUGACAUACAGAGGAUUCACUUCCAUGACAGCUUUGAGGCUACCAAAAAGGCCUGUGACCAGCUGGCGCUAGGCGUGGUGGCGAUCUUCGGGCCGUCGCAGGGCUCCUGCACCAAUGCCGUCCAGUCCAUCUGCAAUGCCCUGGAGGUGCCCCACAUCCAGCUGCGUUGGAAACACCACCCCCUGGACAACAAGGACACUUUCUACGUGAACCUCUACCCCGACUACGCCUCUCUCAGCCAUGCCAUCCUCGACCUGGUCCAGUACCUCAAGUGGCGGUCAGCGACCGUGGUCUAUGAUGACAGUACAGGGCUCAUCCGACUGCAGGAGCUCAUCAUGGCCCCAUCGAGAUACAACAUCCGCCUGAAGAUCCGUCAGCUCCCCAUCGAUUCUGACGACUCGCGCCCCCUGCUCAAGGAGAUGAAGCGAGGCCGGGAAUUCCGCAUUAUCUUCGACUGUAGCCACACUAUGGCAGCCCAGAUCCUGAAGCAGGCCAUGGCCAUGGGCAUGAUGACCGAGUACUACCACUUCAUCUUCACCACUCUGGAUCUCUACGCUUUAGAUCUGGAGCCCUACCGCUACUCAGGCGUGAACCUGACGGGGUUCCGAAUUCUCAACGUGGACAACCCACACGUCUCAGCCAUCGUGGAGAAGUGGUCCAUGGAGCGGCUGCAGGCGGCUCCCAAGGCCGAGUCUGGCCUGCUGGACGGAGUGAUGAUGACUGAUGCAGCCUUACUGUACGACGCUGUCCACAUCGUGUCCGUGUGCUACCAGCGGGCGCCGCAGAUGACCGUCAACUCCCUGCAAUGCCAUCGGCACAAGGCCUGGCGCUUUGGCGGCCGCUUCAUGAACUUCAUCAAGGAGGCUCAAUGGGAAGGAUUAACUGGACGAAUUGUUUUCAACAAAACUAGCGGCUUGCGGACGGAUUUUGAUCUGGACAUCAUCAGCCUGAAAGAGGAUGGGCUGGAGAAGGUUGGGGUGUGGAGUCCUGCAGAUGGGCUCAACAUCACAGAGGUUGCCAAAGGCCGAGGCCCUAAUGUCACCGACUCUCUGACAAACAGGUCACUAAUCGUCACCACAGUGCUGGAGGAGCCGUUUGUCAUGUUUCGGAAGUCCGACAGGACCCUGUACGGGAAUGACCGGUUCGAGGGCUACUGCAUCGACCUGCUUAAAGAGCUGGCCCACAUCCUCGGUUUCUCCUACGAGAUCCGGCUGGUGGAGGACGGCAAGUACGGGGCGCAGGACGACAAGGGCCAGUGGAACGGCAUGGUCAAGGAGCUCAUCGACCACAAGGCAGAUCUGGCCGUGGCCCCCCUGACCAUCACCCAUGUUCGAGAAAAGGCCAUUGACUUCUCCAAGCCCUUCAUGACACUCGGUGUGAGCAUCCUGUAUCGAAAGCCCAAUGGCACCAACCCCAGCGUCUUCUCCUUCCUCAAUCCCCUGUCCCCAGACAUCUGGAUGUAUGUGCUCCUCGCCUACCUGGGUGUCAGCUGUGUCCUCUUCGUCAUCGCCAGGUUCAGCCCUUAUGAAUGGUAUGAUGCUCACCCCUGCAACCCUGGCUCCGAGGUGGUGGAAAAUAACUUCACUCUGCUGAACAGCUUCUGGUUUGGAAUGGGAUCACUGAUGCAGCAAGGGUCUGAGCUGAUGCCCAAAGCCCUGUCCACACGCAUCAUUGGUGGCAUCUGGUGGUUCUUCACACUCAUCAUCAUCUCCUCCUACACGGCCAACCUGGCUGCCUUCCUGACUGUGGAGCGCAUGGAAUCACCCAUUGACUCUGCUGAUGACCUGGCCAAGCAAACCAAAAUCGAGUAUGGGGCUGUCAAGGAUGGGGCCACCAUGACCUUCUUCAAGAAAUCCAAGAUCUCCACCUUCGAGAAGAUGUGGGCGUUCAUGAGCAGCAAGCCCUCGGCGCUGGUGAAGAACAACGAGGAGGGCAUCCAGAGGGCCCUGACAGCAGACUACGCGCUGCUCAUGGAGUCCACGACCAUCGAGUACGUCACGCAGAGGAACUGCAACCUCACCCAGAUCGGGGGCCUCAUCGACUCCAAGGGCUACGGCAUUGGCACGCCCAUGGGCUCCCCAUACCGGGACAAGAUCACCAUCGCCAUCCUGCAGCUUCAGGAGGAGGACAAGCUGCACAUCAUGAAGGAGAAAUGGUGGCGGGGCAGCGGGUGUCCUGAGGAGGAAAACAAAGAGGCCAGCGCCCUGGGGGUCCAGAAGAUCGGGGGUAUCUUCAUUGUCCUGGCCGCCGGGCUGGUCCUCUCUGUGCUGGUGGCCGUGGGCGAGUUUGUGUACAAGCUCCGCAAAACAGCAGAGAGAGAGCAGCGUUCCUUCUGCAGCACUGUGGCCGAUGAGAUCCGUUUCUCCCUUACCUGCCAGCGUCGAGUCAAGCACAAGCCGCAGCCUCCCAUGAUGGUCAAGACUGACGCCGUCAUCAACAUGCACACAUUCAAUGACCGCCGGCUUCCCGGCAAGGACAGCAUGGCUUGCAGCACAUCCUUAGCCCCUGUGUUCCCCUAGGCACAGCUGGGGUGGGGACCGCAGGCCUGGGGGCUGGGCAGAAAAAAGCAAAGGAGAUUGGAAGGAACGUCCCCUAUCCCCACACUGGGCUUGGGGACCAGAGCUGCCACCUGCCCUUACCUGCCAGGAAGCCAGCAGGCUCUCAGGCCAGCUGCUUGGGCUUCAUCCUCCUCAGUUCUUCUGUGGGUUUCUAAAGCUGCCAGCCGAGAUAGCCAAGGCCAAAGGAAGCACAUGCCUCUCUCAGGCCAAACUCACCCGCCCCUCAACUCUCCUCCAGAGUCAGAAGCUUCUGCCACAGCCCUACAGAGGCCACAGAAAACGGAAGACAGCUCUUAUAUUGCCAUUCCUUCCCCAAGAGCCCAGGCCUCUUAGAACUUGACCAUGAGUCCAGAGACACAAGCCUUCGGCGCCUUACGGAUGGCUUCUAGCAUGGCUGCCAAUGGGAGCUCAUGGUGGGGGAUCCCCCUCCUAUAUGCCUGGGCAGAAGGAAGACGUCAUCCCUUUUGGGCUGUUCACGUGGUCAUGAUCUUCUGGACUUGGUCCCACCCCUGGCAGCCCCUGUUUUGGCAGCAUUGAAGACAGAGCCACACAAGGGAAAGAGGAGUUUGGGGUAUGGCAGAGAAGAGAACGCACAAAUAGAGGCCGCCAUUUUGGAUUCUUAUGGACCAUGACCCAGUGGCUCCCACUCCUCUGGGAGGUCUCUAGGAAUAUAAGUGGGGGAGUGGUCACUAAAAUUCUUCCCCACUUUCUGGCCAGAAGAGAGAGCCCCGCCCCCAAUCUCUCACAAAGGAUGCUCAAAGACUCAGCCGAUUUUUGAAGCCCAGCAGAGGAAAAGCAGAUUCCACAGAAGCCCCACCAGCUCUUGAGCCAAUGGCUCUCACUUUGCUGGUUGGCAAGCUGUUGUCUAAACCCUGUUUGCAUUUGGAAACCCAGGUUCUUUGCCAUCUUCUCAUCAACAACUACCCAUUCCUGGCUGGUUGACCUUGGCCUCCCUCUGGCCUCUCGAAAGGAGAAGAGUUGAUUGAAGUGAAAGUCAGGUUGCCCCUCCUCAAAAAAGGAGUCAGUAUUCUACCACACAGGCUAACUCUGGGCUAGGUGGGGGAAACCAGAAGGGACCAAAAGAACUUCUGGUCUCCUGGACUUACCAAACCUAGAGAUGUUCCCCAGAAAAAGAAAGUUUCCAGGGACAUAAUAUCCUAGCUUGCAGAGGCGCCAAGGGUGAGGAAAAAGAGGCUGUCUCCUGGAGAAUUAACCAAAGACCCCACACAGAGACACGAGGCCAUCCUGGCCCAUUGUCUGUUGUCCAGAGUAGCUGCGACCUUGUGGGGCUUGGGGGAGACAGCAGAGAAGUAGCAGCAGGUGGGGUACCAGCCAGAGGGUAGACCAGAUGAUCUGUGAGUUCCAGCUUGCUGUAAUGAAUGCUCUCGAGGUCUGUGACUUUAAGAGUCUUGGAAAGAAUUAGACAGGAAGGCUUAGGAAAAAAGUGUCCUUAAAGAGAACACGACAGGCCAGCAGGUUUGCCAUGGCCAAGGAUGGAGGGCAGUCUUUGAACAGGGGAGGGAGGUUCUGGAGAUUCUGGAUGAGAACUGGGGGACACCAGCCACUCCCCUCCCACCUCUGUCCUGUGUGGUUGGGAAGCCUGGUUAGGAGAGCUGCAUUUGGAUCUCAAGGCUUUUCUUAUCUGGGUGAAGGUUAAUCUCUAGCAAAGCAGGAGACUACAGUGGGUUCAUGUGAUAAACACUGUCCUUCCUCCAGACUGUGAGCUGCAGGACCAAACCAACGGGUUCCCAGAAUCUCAGCAGCUCUGACUGGCUGUGUACAUUGGACGAGGGAGAGGAAGGCUAGACAGACACCAUAGCCCCAUGCAUGCAAUGUUAGGAAAAGCCAUGCUGUCAUAAGCUUGAGGGUGCAGAGGGCGUGUGCAUGUGUGUCUAUGUCUUUGUGUUUGUAUGUGUGAGCUUUGGGGGCUGGGGUGCAGGACAGAUAUGGACAUAUAACACAGUCCAGGGCAUGCAAUAAUAGGUGAAUCCUUGGUGAUCUGAUGUGUGCAUACGCG